AUGGUGAAAGCAGUUGUUCUCGGAGCUUCAGGUGGCAUUGGCCAGCCUCUUUCGCUUCUCCUGAAAGCCAGCCCUCUCGUUGAUGAGCUUGCUCUCUACGAUGUCGUCAACACCCCUGGUGUUGCUACUGACCUCUCUCACAUCUCUUCGAUCGCUAAAGUCUCGGGCUACCUGCCAAAUGAUGACGGUCUGAAAAAGGCACUCACCGGUGCUGAUAUCGUCAUCAUUCCUGCCGGCAUUCCCCGUAAGCCGGGAAUGACUCGCGAUGAUCUUUUCAAGGUCAACGCUGGAAUUGUCCAGAGUUUGGUCAAGGGCAUCGCAGAAACCUGCCCGAAGGCCUUCGUCCUCAUCAUCUCUAACCCGGUCAACUCUACCGUUCCUAUCGCUGCUGAAGUUCUCAAGGCCGCUGGUGUGUUUGACCCUAAGCGCCUCUUUGGUGUGACUACAUUGGACGUUGUUCGCGCGGAGACUUUUGUCCAGGAAUACAGUGGCCAGAAGGAUCCAUCCCAGGUCAAUAUCCCGGUUGUGGGUGGACACUCGGGAGACACGAUCGUUCCACUCUUCAGCCAAGCGAAGCCUGCUUUGCAAAUCCCGGCAGACAAAUACGAUGCCCUUGUUAACCGCGUCCAGUUUGGCGGCGAUGAGGUUGUCAAGGCCAAGGAUGGCGCUGGCUCCGCAACUCUGUCCAUGGCAUUUGCUGGCUUCAGAUUCGCCGAAAGUGUCAUCAAAGCCUUCAAAGGAAGCAAGGGCAUUGUCGAACCUACCUUUGUCUAUCUGCCAGGUGUCCCCGGCGGCGAUGUCAUCGCCAAGGCGACAGGAGUUGAUUUCUUCUCGGUGCCGGUAGAGCUAGGGGUUGGCGGUGCUGAGAACGCCAUCAACAUCCUCGAAAAUGUCACUGAGCAGGAGAAAAAGUUGCUUGAAACAGCAAUCAAGGGCCUCAAAGGAAAUAUUGACAAGGGCGUCGACUUUGUCAAGAACCCUCCGCCAAAGUAA